AUGCUCGAGGAGGACCUGAAAGCACUCGGAGUUUUCGAGCGACGUGUGCUUAGGACGAUCUUUGGCGGUGUGCAGGAGAACGAAAGAACUACUGUGUCAGCCCCUGCUCAACUAAUCGAGACCUGUCCAAUCAUCGGUAUACGAUCGUCUUUGAACGAUCUUCUCCAAUUAGUAGUUCUCAUCCGAAGAUUCGUCCACAACUGCAAGAACCGUUUAGAUCGUAGAGUAGGCUUCAUCAGAUAUGAAGAGCGAGAAGAAGCGCUGCGUCAGCUGCUAGCUCUUGCCCAACAGGAAAGUUUCCCCGGAGAUCUCGCCGAGCUGCAGAAGAAUGGUGAAGUCAAGUCUACAUCGAGGAUCAACCAGCUCACUCCACGCUUUGUAAACGGGUUAAUCCUGGUCGGCGGCCGGCUCGCGAAUGCCAACAUUUCGGCUGGCCGGAAACAUCCAAUUGUUCUUGACAAUCAACACCCGUUGUCUGUUCUCAUCGCCACUGACUAUCACCGCAUUGUCCAUGCUGGACAACAGCUACUGACCGCCAGCAUGCGGGAAAGAUACUGGCCAAUUGCUGCUCGCAACCUAGCACGCAUGGUCAUUCAUCGCUGUGUGAAAUGCUUUCGUGCUCGGUCGAAGCUCCACGAGCAACUCAUGGCAGACUUACCAUCGGAACGAGUAACUCCAGCUCCCCCUUUCUUACGAGUAGGAGUGGAUUACUGUGGCCCGUUUUACAUCCAGUACCCGUACAGAAAAGGAGCACCGAUUAAGUGCUUCGUCGCCGUGUUUGUGUGCCUUGUAGUGAAGACUGUCCACCUGGAGGUCGUGGGAGACCUCACCAGUCAGGCCUUCAUCGCUGCGUUUAGAAGAUUCGUCGCACGACGUGGACGCCCAAAAAUCCUUAUGUGCGACAACGCAACAAAUGUCAUCGGGGCACGGCUUGAAUUGGGUGAACUACGGAAACUGUUCAAUAACCAGUAA